AUGAGGAAUCCCAAGUUUAAGACUGCCCGCGUGCGUAUCGCUCUCCUUGGGUUGGUGCUCCUCGGCCUCUUCCUCCUCCUCUCGCUCGACAUAAGACCCCGGUUCCCCGACUUAGGCCUUCUCCCGAACACCAAUGGGACCGGAUACAUCCAUCGCCUCCUCGGCGGAAAAGACACCAUGGACGAGGCUGCAAUCCGCGCCUGGGAGAUUGCGCGUGCGACGCAACACACUGGCACGGGCGCGCGAAUUCACCGCUUCCUUGAGAAGGCCAAGCGCGGCGAGCCCUUCACAGUCGCCGCCAUCGGGGGGAGCGUGUCCAAGGGUCGCGGACUUGUCAACCCAAGCGAGGAGGACCACGUCCACCCGCCUCCCGACGCCGGUAUGGGCGCCUCAACCCUCUACUCUCCGGAAAACUUACAUGUGCUCGUGUUCGAGUGGCUCAACGCGACCUUCCCUCACCCCGACAACGCGUUCGUCAACGGCGCGCAGGGUGGUGUCGGCGCGGGUUACUUUGCGUGGUGUUUCAAGGAGCAUAUCGCGCCCGCUCCGGAUCUCGUGCUCAUUGAGCUAGGCAUCAACGACAUGCUCUCCCUCGAUAUCGUGCCCAAGUACGAGCACCUCGUGCGAUCCGUGCUCGAGCUCGACUCGGCUCCAGCCAUCAUCAACCUCGAAACGUUCACCACCCUCUUCCCGUCUCUCGUGAGCAGCUCGGCGCUCCACGCCGACGUGCUUGCGUACUAUGAUGUGACUUCCCUCAGCAUCAGGGAUAUCCUUCUCCCUCGUAUCCUUGCCGACCCGCACGCCCAGCUGCCACGCUGGUUCCGGACAGGUGGCGAUGUGCGCCUCGGCGACGACAAGGUGCGCGAGUGGGGCGGUGUGCCCGUCGAUCUGAUGCACAUCUCAGCUAAGGGCCAUGCCCUCGCCGCAGGUCUGAUCAUCAGCUACCUCUCGCAGCAGCUCUCCAUCGUCUCCCCAGGCGGCCUCUUAGGCCGUCUCGGUGCCAAGCGCCUACGCGCCGCACAGCGGGUGUACGACGUCCCAAGCACAAGCUUAACGGCGUCCUUCAACCCGUCAGACAUGCCCGGCCGCCGUCCACCAGUGUGCAGGAGCAUGAACUCACCCCGCCUGCACACCGGCGUCUCGGGCACCAACUUGGACGAGAAGGGCGAACAGGGCAUCCAGUUCACGACCAACUCUGGCUGGGAGACCUGGGCAUGGGACGAGAAGCGGUACAUGGUCGCGCGGGAACCCGGGUCGGUGGCGACGUUCGAUUUUGUGACGGCUGAGACGGUGGUAGUUGAGGCGGAUGAGGAAGAGCCCAUGGAUGAUCCGAUCGCUGAGUACGAACCGCAUCCGGAGCGCCGGCUCGCAGCCGAACACGCGCAGGCUCAGGAAACGCGUCGACCCGGCCGCCGCGAGGCAGAUAAACGGCGUGGGCGUGCCUCCGCGCGUGCGAAGGGACGGAGGAAGCGCCCACGCUCAGAAGCAAUGGGUACAGUCGCCAUCGGGUACCAGCGCAGCGCGCACUACGGCCUUGGGUCCGUGUGGUGUUGGGUCGACUCGGACCGGAUCGGCGGCGUGCGCCUCGACGGAUACUGGGACAUCAAGGAGCGCAACAUGGGUAUCGUGGACAAGGUUGCGACUGGGUUGGCACCAGGCCGACACCGCCUCAGCUGCGAGCUGCUGCCUGACUCGCGCGAUCCGAAGGAUCGAAAGGAGUUCCGUCUCUUUGCGAUCAUGCACGACUAG